AUGCGAAAACAAAGUCGAAAUUUGAAGUUAAAGCAGAAAUAUGUAGUUAAAGCAGAAAUAAUAGGUAAAAUUAAAAAAUUAUCAAUCGAAUUGCCAACAGAAGAAUGUAGCGAUGAGAGAUAUGAGCAACGACAUAAGAAUUUUUGCAAGAAAUGCAAUUGGAUACUUAAUAGAUAUUGAAAUUCUAUAAUUCAGAAAUGCCAGAAAAAUUUAAUUCAGAUUAGCAUUAAAUUUUGACAGUCGGUAAAUACCUCUUUUCUGUCAAGGAUGUCCUUGAGCUCUUUUUAA